AUGCUAGAUGGACAACAACAAACGUGAAACGUCAAAGAAGAGCGUAAGCCAGUGAAACCGGAAAUGUCAACCGAGUGAAUGCGAAGCAAAGUAGACUGCAUUAUAUCUCCACUUUAUAUUACAUGAUGGAUUGCUAAUUUAAAGGAAGAACCAGUCACAAUACACCGUCAAAGAGCAAACGGCAAACAUGACAAAUGUUUACUCUCUCGAUGGCAUCCUGGUGUUUGGGCUGCUGUUCAUCUGCACUUGUGCAUACCUCAAAAAGGUGCCUCGUAUCAACAACUGGCUGCUGUCAGAGAAAAAAGGAGUGUGGGGUGUCUUUUACAAAGCUGCGGUAAUCGGGACGCAGCUUCACAUCGCCGUGGCGUUUUCCUGUUUGGCCAUGGCUUUCUACGUUGUCUUCUUGAAAUGAUAGAGUCAGACUGGACUGGAAAGGAUACUGCACGGGUGUAGGCUGGGGAUGGACUCAUCCCUGUGGCCAUGUGCUAAUCCUUGUUGGAGGAUACCUCUUGGAUAACAUGGCCGUGAUGAAACCCCAUAGGCCCUCUGGACCCAUGUGAAAGACUAGCUAGUGGUGCCCCCUUCUGGUGACAUGGGUACAUAACUUCUCCCUCGAUAAUGUUUGUGCACUACAGACAUGAAGGGCAUCCGGAAUCUACUCCAUAGUUAUUACGGAGGAGAGAGCCUGUUAGGUCCCUUUGUAUCAUUCUGUUGUAGGGUAAACACUGUUGGCUGUCUCCAUCCACACCACAUAAAUAUUUAUAUUGAAGGAUACAGAAGAUUGAAGGGCAGUAUGUGCUUUAUACAUUAUAUCUGUAUACAACUUAAAAUUAGCCUAGCUGUAUAUAGUUGGAAAAGAUAUGACCAAUAGAGAUUUGCCAGAGGUUAUGUGUGAUCAAACUGAAAAUGAUCAAUUGUGCUUGCUCCCAGUUAUGCUGUUUUUUUCUGUAUCACCUCUUGUGUAAAAGGGUGGAGGGGAAGAUAAACAAAGCUAAUAUAUAUAUGAAGAUGUUCUUGUGUACACAAUUUAUUAUUAUUUUUGGAUCUCUUUCCAUUCAUCAACAGUGCUGGCAUCUCUAGCUUUGUUUUAGGUUUGAAAUACAAGUUUUGCACAGGUGUAUGUUAUAUUACCUUUGAACUAAUACUAGAUAACAUGUUUUACAAUUGUUACAAAUGAAACUGUAAGACACGUAGGAGUCCCAAAUUCUACUACAACUGUAGAAUAUCACAGAAAGCAUAACUUUAAAAAGGGGCAUAUCAACAUAUUGUGGAAAGCUAUAUCAGACUUGCCUGAAGAUGUAAAUGCAAUGCCAAAUAGGGAUGGUGAUUCCCAUGCCAUCUUAACAUACCGUAAUUCUAAGUUUAAUUUUGCCACCUCAUUUUAUAUUUUUAAAAGAAGAAAUUGUUUUUUCGGAGGGGAUACAAUGUAAUUUUGAGUAAAACAUUAAUCAGACAAUUUCUGUGUGUGUUGUCUUUAAAACACAAAAACAAAUCUCAUGUGACAUUUAGUGCCUGUACUAUGUAUUCACCCCAGUCUUUGGAGAUUUUCAUGAUUUACUGAUUUGAUUUAAAUCAAGUGGGUGUAAUUACGUUGUUGUUUUGACACUAAUUAACAGAACCCCAAAAAGGGAAAAAUCCUCCAAUACCAAUCAAGUACAAAUCUGAAAGAAUUGAAUGUAUUUGACUGAACUCACCUUUUCAGUUAAUAUUUAGUUGAAGCAGCUUUGACAGCAGUUAAAGCCUCUAGUCUGUCACACGUGUAUAGAUCUGCUUCAGAUUUCCACCUGGGAUCAUUGUAAUUUAGCCCCCAUUCUGUUUUGCUUCUCUGCAAAACCGCUCAAGUCAAGUCACAUUAGGACUGAGUCAUUCUUGGUCACUAAUGUAGUUCUUUUAAAAGCCAUUUAUGUGCAACAUUGACUUCAUGUUUGGGGUUUUCUUUCUGUAAAAUAAAUAUUGUCAUCUCA